UAACAAUCCACAAACGUUUUACACAUAAUCAAAUGGCUUACACUAACCAAGUUUCAGCGUUUGCAGCGGUUUUGUUUAUAGCGGUUGCGAUUGCUCCGCUGUUAGCUGAGCCGCAGUCAUCGAUGUUUCCAAAUAUGACUCCUGAAUGUGCCACGGUGAUGCCUGACCUGCUCGAAAAGUGUUUUGGAACCGUAAGAGUGACACCAACGGAAGAAUGUUGCAACGAUCUCAAAACCGCGACCACAACGCAAGUCACCUGCCUUUGUGAUAACUACAUUGCAAAUCCAAAGAUUGUGAACAUUACCGGACCUUACUCCGCCGGAAUCACAACCAAAUGUGGCGUUUUCGACAAAUACUCUUGCGACGGUACUAGCAAAGGAGGAGAAACCGGAAGCAGCAGCAGUAACAGCAGCAGCACCAGCAAUGGCAAAGACAAUAGCAAGAGUGAGGUCAAUGGAGGAGCAACGAACAAGGUUGCUGCAUCAAUGGCUGUUUUUGGUUUGAUUGCAAGUCUUGUCUUCGUUAUGUUUUAAUUUUUGUUGUUAUAAUUAAUUCAUAUCAAUCUGGACGGAGACGAACCGACCAAAUUUUAUCUAAUUUUUUCUUCCUCUUCUUCGUUUUUAUCAAAUAAAAUAUGUGAUCUUAAAAUAA